AUGGGGCAAGACGCUCGCUGGGGAGUGCCGGUCGACGGCAGGCUGGACUCCGCAGCUCACCCCGAUAACCACCGCAUCGAAGCUCUCGCUGUCUUGGUAGCGCUGAGCAUGAUCGGAACUGUUAUUAAGAAGGGUUCAGCGUGCGGUAAGAGCAAAGCACGCAAAAACGGCAAAACUCCUCCUCUGAGCUGGAUCGUCGCGACGGACUCACAGUACGUCGUAGACCGGAUCACAGAUACCAUAAAAGCGAGAUGUAACCAAGACGUUUUCAAGAGGAUUAGCUUAGAGCUCCAGAAGCUCGAGGUCAAGUACGGUAGCAAGAUCCAAUUCUGGCUCAUCAAACGCGCCCAGAAUCACACCGCAGAUCUUCUAGCUCGAGGUGCAGCCAAGAUGUCGAUGCAAGGGGUGUAA